CACACAACACACACUCAUAUACACACGCAUUUUGAUCAGCGGUGGAGUGGAGGAGGGCAGGGAGGCUCAGAGCGGGACUGUAUUUGAUAGUCCUGCAUUCUUUCGGCCAGAUGUAUUAACACUACCCACGGCAGGGAUCUGGACAGGACGGACAACUCUGAACGGAAAAGCACUGCGGUCUGGUGACAGUAAGGGGCGGUGCAUGUAUGGCUGAUGGACAAGUGUCUGUACCAAUUAGAGGACAAUGCUGGCACGGAACCGUUUCAUCCUGGUGCUGGUGGUGGGAGCGCUGCUGGCCGUGCUGAGUUUCAGUCUGCAGUAUUUGCACCUGAUUCCGACCAAUACGAUGGCAGAGAAAGGUAAAAACAGGAAGCGUGUGAAUCCAGUUCUCCAUACGGAUCCACCUGCCCCGGACCCCAUCCGAGACACCCACCAGUACUGCAAUUACCCCAACCUCACUGAACACGGCUGGGAGGGUCACAGUCUGCCUGACUACAAGCUGCUGUCGGUCCAGGUGAUGAUUCGCCAUGGAGACCGUUUCCCGUUGUACUCCAUCCCCAAAACCAAGAAGCCUGUCAUUGACUGCACCCUAUCAGACAAAAGAAAGCCCUCUCAUUUCCUCUUAGCCUCCUUCAUCAGUCACAUGGCUCUGGGUGGGCGUGGCCACUGGGAUGCAUCACUCGGAUCUCUGCCCCGAUUACCCAAUCACAGCAGCUGUGAGAUGGGCGAGCUUACCCAGACAGGUAUCAUACAGCACUUGAAAAAUGGCGAUCACCUUCGACAGGCCUACGUAAAACGUCACAAUCUGCUGACUGCUGAUUGGUCGCCACAGCAGUUGUGGGUGGAAACUACUGGUAAAAGCCGCACCCUCCAGAGUGGAUUGGCUUUGCUGUUUGGUUUCUUGCCUCAUUUUGAUUGGUCACGGCUGACGGUAAGGCAGCAGUGGAGUACACUGUUCUGCGGUUCUUCCUGCGACUGUUCCGCGCGGAACUGGUACCUGGACCAGGAGCAGCACAGGCAGUAUCGGCAGAGGACUGCAGACACGGAACUGGAACGCACAUACGUUGCAAUGGCGAAAACUUUGGGUGUGGCCACAAAGAAUUUGAGGGCGGCCAAUCCGGUCGAUGCACUCUUAUGUCACUUUUGCCACAGUCUUCCCUUUCCCUGCUCAAGCUCGCGGACUAUAGCAAAUGCUCCGGCUGAGGAGGUGUGUCUUACACUACAGCACUUUGCAGUGAUUCGCCGGCAACAGAAAGAUGAUGAAAUGGAGCGACGGGAGGCGGGGCUUUACCGCCGUUAUGCAGUGCUUGCAGCGCAUCCGUACCUAAACCAUACCGCGGCACGCUUGGAGAGGAUUGCUAGAGGUAGCCAGAUGCGCAAAGGCAAGGAAGAGGCGGUCUUUGCUUUAGCUUCUGCCCAUGACGUAACCAUGACGCCAUUGCUAAGCGCACUGGGUCUGGAAGGGGCAGGAUUUCCGAGGUUUGCUGCACGGCUGGUGUUCGAGCUUUGGAGUAGCCCGGAAGUAAAAGACAAGGGGAAAAAUGAGAAAAUUAGUGAAAGAAAAAGAGGAAAGGAGUUGGACAAUAUGUUUAUUCGUGUUCUCUAUAACGGAGAAGACUUGACCUUUGACACGGCCUUCUGCCAUGGUCACAAUCGGCAUUCUGAUCAGCCGCUGUGCCCUCUAGGAAAUUUCCUGUCUUUUGUGAGAAAGGAUAUGUUUAACAUUGUUAAUGCUACGAGUUAUGAGCAGGCCUGCCACCAAACUGUACUGUAACAUGAAAACGAGUGAGUGAGGAAAAGCAUUAAGGGAGAAUGAGUGAAGGUUGAAGAGAUAAAUGGGUGAAUUUCAUAAAAACAUGCCUUGGUCACACUGAUUUUGUAGUAAAUUAUGACUCUGAUAUGAUCUUUACACAUUUUAUGAGAUUCACCCAAACAGAAGGCGAAAGUGAAAACGUUAAGAGCGAAUGCUAAUUAUGAGUUUUUGUUUCAGUGUUAAGUCUGUGGACCAAAAAAUUGUACCUGCACAAAACUUUUUUUUGAUACACUUUGCUAAUCACUUAGAAUCACCCGACAAAUCAGAGACUGAAAAUUUUUACAAUAAUCAUUGAGUAUAAAUGAGAUGUUUAGAUGUAGGCUUUGUUUGAAUGCACAUUUGGAUGAAGAUGGUGGUUUUAAUAAGGUAUGAUAUGGAAUCAAGAACCCCUCAAAACCACCUGAAUCCAACACCACAACAAACACACAGUCACUUCUUAAAACACCUCUUGCCUUUAUUCUGAGUCUAUGUAAUCCAGAAAUACUGCACAGUCAUAAAGACAGUCCUAGCGGUUUCACUAGAUAGAAAAUUAAUAAUCCAUUUGUGUUGUGUUUGGAAUUUAGGGCACUUAGACACUUUUUAGUAGAAUUCUUGCAGUGAUCAGGAAUCUGAUGUAUUUCCGUUGCGCAUUUCUUCCAUUGUGUUAAAGGGAUAGCUUGGACAAAAAUGUAAAUUCUGUCAUCUUGUGUACUCACGGACAUGUUGUUUUAAAAAAGGUUUGACUCUGUGGGACACAAAAGAGGUUACAGUAGGCAGAAUGACAGCCUCAGUCACCAUUCACUUCUAUUGUAUUGAAAAGUUAACAUCUUCUGUAUUCCAUGGAAUUAAAUCAUACAGUAGUGGUUUGAAACAACAUAAGGUUGAGUAAAUGAUGACAGAAUUUUAAUUUUGGGGUCAACUAUCCCUUGGCCUUUUUGGCUUAAUUUCAGCACACUGUCAUGGUUUGUUUCUCCCACAUUUUGUGUCCUCUUUUAGUUAUUUUAUUUUGUUUAUACUUUCAGUAAGGGGAAAAGAAAGGAGUGUUAACAAUCUUUGUAUACUACAGAAAUUGAGUCUAAUGAAAUUAUUUUGUAUAAUGAAUGAUGUUUUAAAUGAUCAAUGUGUUCUGCAACAUUCCAAACGUCAAAGCACAUUUUUCCAAUAAAAACGUGGAACAUUUAGUCUAAAAACGUCAUUGUGUUUUGUCUGAAAAUACAGUAGCUAGUCUUUUUACUAUCGGCAGAACGUCUGGUCAGCAUUGCAGGUAAUUUUAGCCCAUUUGUGUGAAAAGUGCAAAUCAAUCCCAGAACAACAGCAAAGGACCUUGUGAUGAUGCUGGAGGAAACAGGUAGACAAGUAUCUAUAUCCACAGUAAAACAAGUCCUAUAUCGACAUAACCUGAAAGGCUGCUCGGCAAGGAAGAAGCCACUGCUCCAAAACCGCCAUCAAAAAGCCAGACGGCAGUUUGCAAGUGCACAUGAGGACAAAGAUCUUACUUUUUGGAGAAAUUUCCUCUGGUCCAAUUAAUUCAAAAAAAGAAAAAACAUUUUUGGCUAUAAUGACCAUUAUGUUUGGAGGGAAAAGGGUGAGGCUUGCAAGCCGAAGAACACCAUCCCAGCAUGGGGGUGGCAGUAUCAUGUUGUGGGGGUGCUUUGCUGCAGGAGGGACUGGUGCCCUUCACAAAAUAGAUGGCAUCACGAGGAAGGAAAAUUGUGGAUAUAUUGAAGCAACAUCUCAAGACCUCAGCCAUGAAGUUAAAGCUUGAUCGCAAAUGGGUCUUCCAAAUGGACUAUGACCCCUAGCAUACCUCCUUUUAUUGCAAAAUGUCUUAAGGACAACAAAGUCAAGGUAUCGGAGUGGCCAUCACAACACCCUGACCUCAAUCCGAUAGAAAAGUUGUGGGCAGAACUGAAAAGCAUAUGCGAGCAAGGAGGCCUACAAACCUGACUCGGUUACACCAGUUCUGUCUGGAGGAAUGGGCAAAAAUUCCAGCAACUAAUUGUGAGAAGCUUGUGGAAGGCGACCCAAAACAUUUGAUCCAAGUUAAACAAUUUAAAGGCAAUGCUACCAAAUACUAACAAAGUGUAUGUACACAUCUGAUCCACUGGGAAUGGGAUGAAAGAAAUCAAAGCUGAAAUA